CAGAUCGUCGGAGACGGAGGCGUCGAUUUCCCACCGCCGCUACUGAAAUCGCUGACUCCGGUCUUCGAUCGAACAGGCAUCGUCGACUCGCGGGAAAUUGCGGUGGAGUAUUUGGACGAUUGGUUCCGAUUCCGGCUCAAUCUGUCGGGGAUGGAUUCCAAUCCAAACCCUAGAAGCUUGGAGCUGCUAUGGAGCUUGGUAGAUGGCGAUUCCAAGAGACUAGCUGCAACAGGCGGCGAGAUGGUUUUGGAUCCACGGUUUGCCAUGGCUCACACUGACCCUCAGUUCCAGAAGGUUCCCCAGCGCAAGACGAAGGUUGCUAUCGAUUCCAUAUUCAAACGCAUGUUCACGAACAAGAAUUUAGGUGGCUCCUCCACAAAUUUAGACAAGCGUGGCAGGCAGAUCGUCGGAGACGGAGGCGUCGAUUUCCCACCGCCGCUACCGAAAUCGCUGACUCCGGUCUUCGAUCGAACAGGCAUCGUCGACUCGCGGGAAAUUGCGGUGGAGUAUUUGGACGAUUGGUUCCGAUUCCGGCUCAAUCUGUCGGGGAUGGAUUCCAAUCCAAACCCUAGAAGCUUGGAGCUGCUAUGGAGCUUGGUAGAUGGCGAUUCCAAGAGACUAGCUGCAACAGGCGGCGAGAUGGUUUUGGAUCCACGGUUUGCCAUGGCUCACACUGACCCUCAGUUCCAGAAGGUUCCCCAGCGCAAGACGAAGGUUGCUAUCGAUUCCAUAUUCAAACGCAUGUUCACGAACAAGAAUUUCGGUGGCUCCUCCACAAAUUUAGACAAGCGUGGCAGGUGA